UCUGGUGCUGCUAAAAGAGAAAACCGAACCGAACCACGAAAACAAAACGACACGAAACUCCUCUACACGCACUCUUUCUCUCUCUAUAUCGUCGGCCAUCUCCAUUACCACUCUUCUUCGGUCUAGAGAGAGAAACAAAACUCAACUGAACUUCUUUCAGCGGCGAGUUUUAGAGAGAGAAAGUGCUGCCAUGGCGAGAGGAUCUCUGGCGAUGAAGUUAUGGAUCUGCUUGGUUUUGGUUGUUGUGCCUUGUCAUUCAUUUUAUUUACCUGGUGUUGCUCCUCAAGAUUUUCUCAUGGGGGAUGAAUUGAAGGUGAAAGUAAACAAACUGACUUCUACAAAAACACAACUUCCUUAUUCAUACUAUUCCCUCCCUUACUGUCAUCCAGAUCGCAUAGUUGAUAGUGCAGAAAAUCUUGGGGAAGUUCUUCGUGGUGAUCGCAUUGAAAACUCUCCUUAUGUGUUUAAAAUGAGAGAACCCCAAAUGUGCAAAAUUUCAUGUCGAAUUACACUUGAUGCAAAAACUGUAAAAAAAUUCAAGGAAAAGAUAGAUGAUGAAUAUCGGGUGAACAUGAUCUUGGACAAUCUUCCUCUGGUUUUCCCAAUUCAAAGGCCUGAUCAGGAAAACUCUAUAGUGUAUCAGCAUGGUUUUCAUGUUGGUCUCAGAGGACAGUAUGCAGGAAGCAAAGAACAAAAGCAUUUCAUACACAAUCACUUGGCAUUUACUGUCAAAUUUCACAAAGAUGCCCAGACAGAUGCGGCCAGGAUUGUUGGAUUUGAAGUGAAGCCAUUCAGUGUCAAGCAUGAGUUUGAAGGUGAGUGGAAGAAUGAGAAUACUCGUUUAUCAACCUGUGAUCCCCAUGCAAAACGUUUGGUUACCAGUUCAGAAACUCCUCAAGAAGUGGAGGAGAACAAAGACAUAAUCUUUACUUAUGAUGUUGAAUUCCAGGAAAGUGAUGUGAAGUGGGCAUCUCGGUGGGAUACUUAUCUUCUGAUGGCUGAUGAUCAAAUUCACUGGUUUUCAAUUGUCAAUUCAUUGAUGAUUGUUCUUUUCCUUUCUGGGAUGGUGGCUAUGAUCAUGUUGCGGACACUUUAUCGGGAUAUUUCCAAGUAUAACCAACUAGAGACCCAAGAAGAAGCCCAAGAAGAGACCGGGUGGAAAUUGGUCCAUGGUGAUGUUUUCAGGCCUCCAACAAAUUCAGAUUUACUCUGUGUAUAUGUUGGAACAGGGGUUCAGUUCCUUGGUAUGAUUCUUGUUACCAUGAUUUUUGCUGCACUUGGUUUCCUUUCCCCUUCAAACCGGGGUGGGCUGAUGACAGCCAUGCUGCUCCUUUGGGUAUUUAUGGGCCUCUUUGCUGGGUACUCUUCUGCUCGUCUUUAUAAGAUGUUCAAAGGAACAGAGUGGAAGAAAAUCACCCUUAAAACAGCUUUCAUGUUUCCUGCAACAUUGUUUUCCAUUUUCUUUGUCUUGAAUGCUUUAAUAUGGGGCGAGAAAUCCUCGGGGGCAGUGCCAUUUGGAACCAUGUUUGCACUGGUAUUUUUGUGGUUUGGUAUCUCAGUGCCACUAGUCUUUAUUGGUAGUUAUAUUGGCUUCAAGAAGCCAGCCAUUGAAGAUCCGGUGAAAACUAACAAGAUACCUAGACAGAUUCCAGAACAGGCGUGGUACAUGAACCCAGCUUUCUCUAUUCUCAUUGGUGGAAUUCUCCCAUUUGGAGCUGUGUUUAUUGAGCUCUUCUUCAUCCUUACCUCAAUAUGGCUGCAUCAAUUCUAUUACAUAUUUGGUUUCUUAUUUAUCGUCUUCAUCAUCCUGAUUGUCACCUGCGCUGAGAUCACAAUCGUGCUUUGCUACUUCCAGCUGUGCAGUGAGGACUACCUUUGGUGGUGGAGGUCUUACCUGACAUCAGGUUCCUCUGCACUUUAUCUCUUCCUUUAUGCUGCUUUCUACUUUUUCACAAAGCUUGAGAUCACAAAGCUAGUGUCUGGGGUCUUGUAUUUCGGGUACAUGGCGAUCGUCUCGUAUGCCUUUUUUGUCCUGACCGGUACAAUUGGCUUUUACGCCUGCUUCUGGUUCACCAGGCUCAUCUACUCAUCAGUGAAAAUUGAUUGAUUGACUGAUGACUACGUUCGUUCUGAAUGCAAUGACCUAUUUGAUUACACACAGCGAAGAACUUAUACUUCGGUCAGGGUCCAAGAUAUGGAUUUUGCUGGUAUCCAAAAAGUUGCCAUGAUUGGGAUUCCGUUUUGAGUUACAAAAUCAUAGAAAUUGUUAUUAUUAGCCUUUCCUCAUACAGGUUUGUCAGGUUAGUUCCUUAUUUUUGUUUUGGUUUUUAUGCGACACUUGAGAGGGUCUGUGGAGCAAUCACCCUUUGAGAACAUUUGAUGUAUUAUUGGUGCUAGUUCUGUUCAUUCAAUUUCUGUAUGCAAUUUCUUCUUUGUAAUAGGAAAUAUGGAAGUGAUUGUUUCCCUUGUUUUCUCUAAGAAUCUGCCUUCUUGUUUA